AAAGUUUCUGUCAAUAUUAAAGAUAUAUUUGUCGUAAGUACGCUAAGACAAUGUAGAAAUAGAGAACAGGAAUUACCUAAAAAACGUAGAGAACAUAUUUCAAAUAAUCAGAAUAGGAAGCUCAAGAAGAAAGCUGCAGAGGAAUGCGAAAAACAGCUUGCAUGUGAUCAAGAGCAAAAAUGCCAAAAAGCAGAGAAAAAUACCACUUUGCUGCAAAAGACAGAACGACCUGUAAUAGCAGUAACUAUAGAAACAACAGAUGAAACUAAAGAGAUUAUUGUAAGAACAUUUGCAACUAUAUCUCGAAGCGAUAAUUUUCAAAGUGAGGAGAAUAUCAUAUCUGUACCUCGAACUAGAAGUAAUAUAAUAGAAACAAAUGUGAAACUGCUAACAGCAACAACAAUAAGUGAAUUUGAGCAUAAAUUUUUGCAAAAAUUUCAAGAUAAAAUAAAUAAACUUAA